AUGCUGGCUGGAAAUGUCUCCUUGGUGACUGAGUUUGUCCUUGCUGGUUUGACAGACCGUCCAGAGCUCCAGAUGCCCCUCUUUUACCUGUUUCUAAUGAUCUACAUUGUCACAGUGGUGGGAAACUUUGGCCUGGUCACCCUCAUUGGCCUCAGUCCUCACGUGCACACCCCCAUGUACUAUUUCCUCUUCAACCUUUCCGUCAUUGAUCUCUGUUACUCUUCUGUCUUCAGCCCCAAAAUGCUGAUGAACUUUGUCUCUGAGAAGAAUGCCAUCUCAUAUGUGGGCUGCAUGACCCAACUGUUUCUCUUUCUCUUCUUUGUCAUCUCUGAAUGCUACAUGUUGACCUCAAUGGCCUAUGAUCGCUAUGUGGCCAUCUGUAAUCCACUGCUGUAUAAGGUUACCAUGUCUGCUCAGGUAUGUUCUAUGCUAUCUUUUGCUUCUUAUAUGAUGGCAUUUGCUGGAGCCUCUGCCCACACAGGCUGCAUGCUCAGACUGACCUUCUGCAAUGCCAAUGUCAUCAACCAUUACUUGUGUGACAUCCUGCCCCUCCUCCAACUUUCUUGCACCAGCACCUAUGUCAAUGAGGUUGUAGUUCUCAUAGUUGUGGGUGUUAACAUCACAGCCCCCAGCUUUACCAUUCUCGUUUCCUAUGUUUUCAUCCUUGCCAACAUUCUCAAUAUCAAAUCCACACAAGGAAGAUCAAAAGCCUUCAGUACCUGUAGUUCUCACAUCAUAGCGAUUUCUUUGUUUUUUGGAUCAGGAGCAUUCAUGUACCUCAAUCAUUCUGAAUCUAUGGACCAGGGAAAAGUUUCUUCUGUUUUCUACACUAAUGUGGUUCCCAUGCUCAACCCACUAAUUUACAGUUUGAGGAACAAGGAUGUCAAAAUAGCAUUGAAGAAAACUAAUUCCUACAUAUAUUCAUACAAUGUGCUUCAUCUGUAUAAUUUUUCAUGUAUGUAUGUUUUCAGAGCUGAUCAUGUGGUAUUGGAUGACCAAUUGGAUGCCAUUCACCAGGGAAGAGUAUUUCUCACCUUGUCAACAAUCCUUAGUUACCAUAGUUCUUCGUGUAGGGUCAAGGCCAUCCACACUGGGAUGUGA